CGAUUGUGCGGAUUCGCGUAUCUUCAACUUGUGUGUCGUACUUUUUUAGUUGUUAUUUAUUAAAUAGCUAUGUUUCUGGCCAACCCAGGUGAUCCGAACCGUAAGGGGAUUGACCUGCGGAAUUUGGAAAACAGCGUUCCUGCUGGAAAGAGGAGGAGGAAGCAGAGCCCUGAGGCUACUGCAGUUCCUUCUGGCGAGAAGAAAAGGAAGCAGAUCCUGAACGCUUCUGCAGCUGCUUCUCAAAAAAGGAGGCGUGCUGAAAAGGAUGAGGCCGUUGCAGGUCCUAUCCAAAGCGUGAAACCCAUCGGAUCAAACCAGGCUUCAACUUCAGCGCCCGGUCCAUCGGACCUGGUACGGGUCCCAAAGUCCGUCUUGGAUGGCAUCCAUGCCGAGCUGCGGCAACUUCGCGAGAAAAUAGCCUCCAAUGACCAGGUUAUUAAACUGAAAACUUAG